GCCAUGUCUGCUGGAAGAGGCUUUGUCUGCACCCGGAAACCUGGCGACGAGCAGAAACCGGACGAAGUGAGCGUCGUGGUGGUGGACUCUGAUUCCGAAGAUGAAAGUUCCAGGCUCUCCGCAAAUUGCCGCCAAACUGGCCGAGGGGCGGAGUGUCCGCGGGCGCCAGGCUUUCCGAAUGGUCGGUCAGGAGGAUUGCUCUGGAAUAAUGACGGCGCCCAGCUCUGGGAGAGGAAAGCGGCUGCAAUGUGCACUCCCGACACUCCGAGAAGUGGCCCAGGGAGGCUGCCAGGCACUUUGCAAACUGACCCAGACCCGCCCUCGCCCCCGCCCCCCUCGCCCAGGCAAACUUCAGGCGAGCUGCUGCCUCCCGCGGACGGGGUCGGGGCCGGGGCCGGCGCCUUCUCCGCCCUGCCCGCCCCUCUGGGGGCCAUCUCCCUCCCCCCAGGCAUCAUCAUCAUGACCGCCCUGCACUCCCCCGCAGCCCUGGCUGCCAUGGCAGACGGGGCACUGCACCUCGCCAGCCUGCCAGACUGCCCCCUGUCCCAUCCGGCGCCGGCUGCCGGCGGCCACCCGACCAAGAAGAAGAGGAAAAGGUGCGGGCUAUGCGCACCCUGCAGGAGGCUCAUCAACUGCGGAGAGUGCAGCAGCUGCCGGAACCGCAAAACCGGCCACCAAAUCUGCAAGCUGCGGAAAUGUGAGGAGCUGAAGAAAAAACCAGGCUCUUCACCAGAGGAACAUUUUUCGCACCAUUUGACUCGGGCAAUGGAUGUAGACUGUGGAUAUUCAAGGGUAAUCGUCCCUGGUGGAGGGGAAGCUUUCAGGUGGUUCUUCUGAGAGUAAUUGAGGAGCUCCUCACAACCUCAUGGAACGUGAUUUGCCUCACAAGUGGAGAACGUGUUCUGCAUGUGUUCCUAACGCAAGGCAUGAGUUCUAUGCCAGUGGUUCCUUUUUGUUAUCAUAGUGGACAUUGUAUUUUUUAAGCAUCUUUGGUUUUAUGUGAAAACUACGUGUUGGUAUUAUUAGAGAUGAAUUGUACAAAAAUGCAACUUGUACUGUUUGAUGGAGAGAACUGGACAAUCAUUAUAACAUAUUACGUAUGCAUUUGUGGCCAGUGCUAUUGUUUAUUAAAAAGAACUUGUUUUAAAAGAUGGGGAUUAAGCAAUAACCUGCAGUGCAAUUGUAUAGAUAAUGAGCAUGAUUUGUAAGCUAGUGAAGGAUAUAACUGUUUUACUAAGAGCCAAUUCUUUUUCCUCUUUGUUUAGCAACAUGUUUGUAUUUCUUAGCAUGCUCCCAGCUCUUGCUUCCUCAGCCUGUUAUCAGCUGUUUCUUCAUACUGACUGAAGAAGCCAACAGGGCUGUUAUAAGGCCAUUUGGUUUUCAAAAAUAGUGGACCAACUGAAUAACAGAUGAGUAGUAAAGGCCAUUCUGUUCAGCAUAGGAGGAGGCACAGGGAGAUGGAGGAGGUCGUUGGUUGUAAUGAAAUCCCCUUGCCCUCCUAGCCGUCAGUUACAUUUGUUACACACCACCAGCAAAGAGACAUACUUCACAGGGUCUUCUCUUUAAAAAAGAGAUACAUUUUGGUGACAGUACAGGCCGAGUGGUCUUUGCAGAAUCCGCCAUUUGGGGCAUUGUGUAAUUCCUAAUCAGGAAUUAGCAACUGACCUCAGAAGACACUCAGGUAUAUUUUCAUCCAGUAACUGGUGUCAGCAAAACCUUCCCUUCAAGCUUCUGACAGGAAGAAAAUGUGUCACUGCAGUUAGCAGGGCCACUUCCAAAGUGCAAAAUUACCUCCAUAAAUAAGAUUGAAUGCUCCUCAUGACUCCUUUACGAUGAAAGUGCCUGUAAUGGUUGUUUAAUCUUUCAGUUCUGUGCCAGAUUAUUGAAGUACAAGGGGAUGAGGGGGCAGUUUAGUGGGCCACUGCCCUGACCUCUUAGCUCUGAAACCCAGAGCACCAGUCCAGCUUCAAUGUCUAGAACAAAACCCUUUCUCUCGCUUUUACUAACAGCAAGCAUUCGACAAGCAAUAACUUUGAGAAAUCUCAACCCGCUCACUUGCUGAGUGCAGAUGCAUGGAAAAAGUUGCCCCCAACUGGGCAUUGUACUCAGAGUCUCACAUAAAGAGACCACUGGUGUGAUUUUUGGAACAAAGAAAAUUUUCCCAAUAGUUUAGUUGGGCAUGCUGUUUUGCUUCAGGGUUUUCGGCAAUUUGUUGACAUGGAGUGGACGUGGGGAAGAUGUUUCCAUUGGUAGGAGAGACUAGGACCCGAGGGCACACCUUCAGAGUAAAGGGAAGACCUUUUAGAACAAAGAUGAGGAGAAACUUCUUUAGCCAGAGAGUGGUGAA